AUGGCGGUGAAGAACAGGGCGGUGAUGAUUUUGCAACUGUUUGUUUUGGAAUUUCUUUUUGGAACAGCAUUAGCUGCUGAAAAUUCACAGAAGCUUGGGACAGUUAUCGGUAUCGAUCUCGGAACUACUUAUUCUUGCGUGGGUGUGUAUCGGAACGGUCACGUAGAGAUUAUAGCGAACGAUCAAGGCAACAGAAUCACCCCAUCAUGGGUUUCAUUCACUAACACCGAGCGUUUGAUUGGAGAAGCCGCGAAAAAUCAAGCCGCUCUCAAUCCAGAACGCACCAUCUUUGAUGUUAAGCGGCUUAUAGGAAGAAAGUUUGAUGAUCCGGAGGUUCAGAGAGAUAUAAAGUUCUUGCCUUAUAAGGUAGUGAACAAAGAAGGGAAGCCAUAUAUACAAGUGACGAUCAGAGAUGGUGAGAUUAAAGUAUUUAGCCCUGAGGAGAUCAGUGCUAUGAUACUGGGGAAAAUGAAGGAGACAGCAGAGGCAUAUCUGGGAAAGAAAAUCAAAGAUGCUGUCGUCACUGUUCCAGCUUAUUUCAAUGAUGCACAGAGGCAGGCAACCAAGGAUGCAGGCAUCAUCGCUGGGCUCAAUGUGGCUCGGAUAAUAAACGAACCGACCGCUGCAGCUAUUGCUUAUGGGCUAGACAAGAAAGCAGAGAAGAAUAUUCUGGUCUAUGAUCUUGGUGGUGGUACGUUUGAUGUUAGCAUCUUGGCUAUUGAUAAUGGUGUUUUCGAGGUUCUUGCUACCAGUGGGGACACCCACUUGGGAGGAGAAGACUUUGAUCACAGAGUGAUGGACUAUUUCAUUAAGCUGAUUAAGAAGAAAUACGACAAAGAUAUCAGCAAAGAUAACAAGGCCCUUGGAAAGCUCCGUAGGGAAUGUGAGAGGGCGAAGCGAGCACUGAGCAGCCAGCAUCAAGUUCGGGUUGAGAUUGAGUCCCUUUUUGAUGGUAUCGACUUCUCAGAGCCAUUAACAAGGGCAAGGUUCGAAGAGCUGAAUAUGGACUUGUUUAAGAAGACAAUGGGGCCUGUGAAGAAGGCUUUGGAGGAUGCUGGCCUGAAAAAGACCGAUAUCAAUGAAAUUGUGCUUGUUGGAGGGAGUACUCGCAUUCCCAAGAUCCAACAGAUGUUGAAGGAAAUGUUUGAUGGAAAAGAGCCAUGUAAGGGAGUCAACCCAGAUGAGGCUGUAGCCUAUGGGGCUGCAGUCCAGGGAGGAAUUCUGAGCGGUGAAGGAGGGGAAGAAACUGGAGGCAUACUUCUGCUAGAUGUUGCUCCCCUCAGUCUGGGAAUCGAAACAGUUGGUGGGGUGAUGACAAAACUGAUUCCCAGGAACACCGUUAUCCCCACCAAGAAAUCUCAGAUUUUCACUACCUACCAGGAUCAGCAACCCACAGUAUCAAUCAAGGUCUAUGAAGGUGAAAGAAGCUUGACAAAAGACUGUCGUGAGCUGGGGAGGUUCGAGCUCUCUGGAAUUCCACCUGCUCCAAGGGGAGUGCCCCAGAUCGAGGUCACCUUCGAGGUGGACGCCAAUGGCAUACUACACGUCCGGGCGGAGGACAAGGCGGCCAAGAAGUCACAGUCCAUUACCAUCACCAACGACAAGGGGCGGCUCAGCCAGGAAGAGAUUGACAGGAUGGUAAAGGAGGCAGAGGAGUUUGCAGAAGAGGAUAGGCAGGUGAAGGAGAGGAUUGACGCCAGAAACAAACUGGAAACAUACUUAUACAGCAUGAGGGCCACCAUCAACGACAGAGACAAGCUUGCAGACAAGAUUGAUUCAGAGGACAAGGAGAAGAUUGAGGCCGCAUUGAAGGAGGCGCUGGACUGGCUGGACGAUAACCAAAACGCAGACAAAGAUGAAUAUAAUGAGAAAUUGAGAGGAGUUGAGGCAGUAUGUAAUCCAGUUAUAAAGCAGGUUUAUGAGAGUGGUGGGGCUUCUUCCAGUUCUGAUGGUGAAGAAGAACCCACUGAUGAGUUGUAG